AUGGAGGAGUUCCUCAAGAACUGGAGGCAAGAUGCGCUGAACAAACAUCAGUACGAUGCGGCGAUCUUCAUCGGUGAUAAACUCUUGGCAUUGACUGGUGAUCCGAAAGAUGCGUUCUGGCUUGCGCAAGUGCACUUCAGCACCGGCCACUACAACCGCGCACAAACGUUCCUGACGCGUAACGAUCUAAUCUCGCGCUCCACGUCGUGUCGCUACCUCGCCGCGCUGUGUUUGAUCAAGCAAUCGAAGUACGACGAGGCGUUGACAAUCCUCGGCGAGAAGAACCCGUCGCACCUCACCAUCGGCAGCACACCCCAGGCGGCUAAGCGUCGCAGUGGGAAAGGAAACAGUAAAGACCGCGAUGAGUACGGAAAUAAUAUUAAGUUCGAGGCGGCGAUGUGUUACCUCCGUGGCCUGGUCUAUGCGAAGCAGAAUGCUUUCGACAAGGCUAAGGAUUGCUACAAGCAGGCGGUGUUGAUCGAUGUUAGAUGCUUUGAGGCAUUUGACCAGCUGAUGAAGAAUGCUUUGAUGAGUCCCGACGAGGAGUGGAAGUUCCUUGAGAGCCUCGACUUUCAGUGUUUGAGCAGCGAUGGAGACGAGGGACAGGAGGCCCAUUUUGUUCGCAUGCUUUACACUACCCGCUUGAGCAAGUAUAAGAACCCGGCGGCUUUCAAUGCGGCGACUGAAACGUUGGGCACGAGCUACAACCUAGCGCAGAAUGCGGACUUGGUAAUCUCUAAGGCGGAACUGCUUUUCACCCAAUGCCGGUUCAAGGAGUGCUUGGGGCUCUGUGAGGGCGUGAUUGCGGAUGACAACUACAACUUCUCGGUCUACCCGCUGUACUUGGCAUGCCUACACGAGCUCAACAUGAAGAAUAAGUUGUUUCUUGUUGCUCACGACAUGUCCGACAACUACCCCGAGGAACCCGUGACGUGGCUGGCUGUUGGGAUCUACUACCUCACCACCGGUAAGAUCGCGGAGGCUCGACGGUUCUUCUCCAAAGCGUCAAUGAUGGAUCCCCACUUUGGACCCGCCUGGAUAGGGUUUGCCCACACGUUUGCUGCCGAGGGUGAGCAUGACCAGGCCAUAUCCGCUUACUCCACCGCCGCUCGGUUGUUCCAGGGCACUCACCUUCCCCAGUUGUUCUUGGGAAUGCAACAUCUCCAGCUGAAUAACAUUACGCUCGCCGACGAGUACCUCAACACCGCCUUUUCGCUCUGCAAGUCGGACCCACUUUUGCUGAACGAGCUGGGAGUUGUCUUCUACCACAAGGACGCACUUAAGGAGGCAGUCCAGCUGUUCAACAAGGCCCUAACGAUUGCCGACGAGAUUGAGUCGAAUCCGAAAGCUUGGGUGGCGACCAGAGCAAACCUGGGACACGCGUACAGACGUCUCGAGAUGUUCGAUGAGGCGCUGGGCUGUUUCUCUGAGGUUACGAGGAGCUCGGAUAGCAAAGAUGCGAAUGUUUACAGUGCCAUCGGCUUGUGCCAUCUGCAGGCUGGUAGACCGUGGGAGGCAACUGUAGCACUUCAUGAGGCACUCGCCAUGAGCCCGCAGGAUCCAGUGGCAACAGAGCUUCUCGAGAAGGCUCUUCGAGAGAAUGCAGACAAGGACAACAUUUUCAUCUCGACCAUGCUCAACUCCGAUGGCGAGAUCGUAACGCAAGACGACGUAGAGGUUGAUGCCAUGAUCUACCAACGGCAGUCGUCGAGACGUUCGGGAACACGAGGAGCCGUAACCCAGGCCUCUGCCUCUUCUUCCCGUGCUCAACCACCUGUCUCUAGAAAGAGACUGGGAGACGUCACACGAGACUUCGGGGGCAUGGAGGUUAGUGACGAGGACGGUUUGUAA